CUCCUCGUUUCACGCACAUAGAGCGGCGCAGAACCGAGCACUUGCUGGUGGCUGCUUGUUUUGGUUGCUAUGUGGUUACAGCUCAGUUGGCAAACUGGAUGCUAGCUGUCCCGUGAGAAACGCUCGGCUUUGUCGGCUCUCUAAUAACAGAUUUAUUUCGAAAAGAGUUGUAACAGACCGUCGAAACUCGCUAGCUGUAAGCUAACAAUAUUCACUUGAAGUAACCGUUUGUCGUUGAGCGGCACUUUGCUAGCUAGCCUGUUGUUAGCAUGAACGUUUUUACACAUUCGCCUUUUCAUUGUUUAUAGGUACAUGUUCAUUAUCUUUGUGUUUUAAUGUAUUUUAUGACUUGAUAUAUGGUAGUAAGUUGCUAAUGUCUCUUCUUAAGCUUGAAACAAAAUUUGGUGAAAGGGUCAAUUCAAUUAAAAAAAAAUUGAUAUAUUUAAUUUACUGAUUAAUGAGUCUCAGUGUUAACAGGUUCCUAAUCUCACUUGUGCACCUUAGUUACAUUUCUGUCAAGGACAGCUGCUGUUUUGUUUGCUUGAUAGUAGCUACGCUACAUCUCUUUAUUAAACCAUUUAAGUGUUUGAAAAUCAUGCUGCAAAAACAAAUGUAAGCUGGCUGCAUUUUGACUUGACAGUUAUGUGCCAUAUGUGGCAAAUUAACGUGAUCUGUACUGUGUACAUUUGUUAGCAAUUAUGUUUUGAAGUGGUUCAAAACUUGUUCUCUUGAAGUUAGUGCUCCACCUACUGCCACAACUUGGUACUGCAGCUUAACCGAAUAUCACCUGACUGAAGUUUUGAAAUACUAUUGUAAAUACUCUGUUGAGCUAUGGAAUUUUGAAUGUUUUUAGAGAUAUUGCAGUGUUAAAAUUGAGGUGUCUGUCAUUUGUUGGAACUUGCUGGUUUUCUGGUCAACGUGCUUUCAAUCCACUAAGCGCUAGUGUUUAUUUCAGUUUAUCUUGUAUGAAGUGAUGAGUGGGCAUGGCUCAUCUUCAGAAAAGGGAGUCAAUACAAGUCUCAUAUGUCAAGAAAAUUAUGCCUGUGGUGGCUCUGAGGAGGCGGCCUUCGAGUGUGAUGAGUGUAAAAGCUUGCAGUGUGUCCGUUGUGAGCAUGAGCUCCACAAUCAGGAGCGUCUGAUGAACCAUGAGCGGGUCCAGAUAGGCCCGGGCCAUGUCCCUUACUGUGACAGCUGUGAAGGAGGCAGUAGAGACCAUGGCAAACGUUGUAGAUCUGUGGUUCGCUGUCAGAACUGUAAAAUCAACUUGUGUCAUGAUUGUCAGAAACGUACCCAUAGUGGAGGCAAUAAGAAAAAACACCACCUCACCUUCUAUCCACCACCACCCAAAUCUGCUGAGGUCAGCUCUGUCCAGCCCAAUGCCCAAGCUGUUGAUGAAACCAAAUCUGAGCAAGCAAAACUCUUGGAGAAGGUAUCCAGUUUCUUGCUGGUUGAUGAGAAUGAGAAGAUGCAGAUAAAUGAUGAAGCUGCAUUUGUGAAGAAUCUACACUGCCAGCGUGAACAGCUCCUGAAAGUGGUGUCCAUCUUUGGUAACACAGGAGAGGGCAAAUCUCACACACUGAACCACACCUUCUUCAACGGCAGAGAAGUGUUUAAGACCUCUCCCGCUCAGGAGUCCUGUACAGUGGGUGUGUGGGCUGCGUUUGACCCCAUCCACAACGUGGUGGUCAUUGACACAGAAGGUCUCCUUGGGAACAGUUCUAAACAGGGCCAGCGUACCCGUCUGUUGCUCAAGGUGCUCGCCAUCUCCGACCUCAUCAUUUACCGCACUCACGCCGACCGCCUCCAUGAUGACCUCUUCAAGUUCCUCGGGGAUGCUUCAGAUGCUUACUUAAAGCAUUUCACCAAGGAACUGAAAGCCACGACGACCCGCUUUGGCCUGGAUGUCCCAUUGUCCUCCUUGGGCCCUGCUGUGGUCAUCUUUCAUGAAACCAUUCAUACGAAGCUGCUUGGCUCAGCCUUGUAUUCAGACAAAUCGGAGUCCGUAGGUCGGCUGAUAUUGGAACGCUUCAGGAAGGUUUCCCGUUUCCCAGAGGCCUUCAGCUCGGUGCAGUACUGGGGCACACAGACUCUCACCCCCCCGACUGACUUCCAGGGCCUGCGGAAUCAUCUGGAGCAUCUCCUGGAUAACAACAUCACACGUUCCCCGCGCUCGCCUGUGGUCAUAUUUAAAGCCCUUCAGGCACUGAGUGAACGCUUCAAUGGUGAAAUUGCAGGUGAACUAGUAGCUCAUAGCUGUUUCUUUCCGGAUGAGUACUUCACUUGCUCCAGCCUGUGCCUCAGUUGUGGAUCUGGUUGCAAGAACAGCAUGAACCACUUAGGAGAAGGCGUGUGCCACGAGGCGAAGCAUCGUUGUCGUUAUUCAGUUCAGUAUGAUAAUCGCAUUUACACCUGUAAGGCUUGCUAUAUUGGUGGGAAGGAAGUGGUAGUCAUCCCCAAGACCUCAGCUUCCUCAGACUCUCCUUGGAUGGGCCUUGCUAAGUACGCCUGGUCUGGGUAUGUUAUUGAAUGUCCCAGCUGUGGAGUCAUUUAUCGUAGCCGUCAGUAUUGGUAUGGGAACCAGGACCCUGUGGAUUCGGUUGUCCGCACUGAGAUCCAACAUGUAUGGCCAGGGUCUGAUGGUUUUCUGAAGGACAACAGCAAUGCAGCGCAGCGUCUUUUGGACGGAGUAAACUUGGUGGCCCAGUCUGUUUCUGAGCUCAGUGUCAAACCUGCCAAGGCUGUCACCUCUUGGCUGACGGAUCAGAUCGCCCCAGCUUACUGGAAACCCAACUCCCUCAUCUUGGUGUGCCAUAAGUGUCACACAGUCUUCCAGGACAACGACACCAAGCAUCACUGCCGUGCCUGUGGGGAGGGAUUUUGUGAUGGGUGUUCUUCCAAAGCCACACCUGUUCCUGAGAAAGGGUGGGGUGUCGCUCCUGUCAGAGUGUGUGAUGUCUGCUUUGAGCAGAGAGCAUCAUGUGCAGAGCUGGUAAACAUGGAGCAUGAGGAAGAUGAAGGUGGAACUCUAGCCAGGAAGGUUGGAGAGGCAGUGACUAACACCAUCGGUGUUGUGGUCACUGCUAUUGACAUCCCACUUGGCCUCGUGAAAGAUGCGGCUCGUCCUGCUUACUGGGUGCCUGACCAAGACAUCCUCUCCUGCCACAGCUGUCGCCGCGACUUCACUGCCAAGUUGUCCAAGCACCACUGCCGCGCCUGUGGCCAGGGAGUGUGUGAUGACUGCUCCCCGGAGCGCCGAGCGGUUCCAUCGCGGGGCUGGGAUCACCCCGUGCGAGUGUGCUCCACCUGCAACCAGAAAGCUGGAGAACUUUAACAGCAAAUAGCCUUCUGUCCUCAGAGCAGCAGAGAGGAGCGCUCACUCCCUCAGCCAGCAGUUUGUCACUGCUUUACCUCCAGUACUCAAAUGGUUCGGCGCCAAUUCUGCAUCAAAGGAAGCUUCUAGUCAGUGUAGCACAUUGGGAUUUUACAUUUCUUGUGGCCUUGUAGAACAGCCAGAAUACAGAAGAGUGUGAAAAUGGUGUUUCCACUCUAGUAAUAUUUUAAAUGUCACUGGCACAUGUCCAUAAUUUUAAGGUUCAGCUAUUUUUAUACUACCUAAAAAAAAAAAAGUAUAAUUUAAAAGGAUAUUAGUACAUUUAGAACUCUGAGUUUAGCGUUAUUUCUCCGAUGUAUCAUCUGUAAUGUUAAGGAGAUAUUUUAUAUCCAGGCAGGUUCCAUUGCAUGCUGCAUUGCAACAUUUUAGUUUUUGCACUAAGCCAUUUCCAGCUGUUAUAGGCUGUCUGUUAGGAAGGCUACAAACCAGAUAUUCAGGUGAUCGAGCUGUCUGCCCUCAACGUGUCUUGAAAUUUGGGUUUCGAUUGUGGAUAUCUGUGGUGCCAAAAA